GAAAUUUGUGAAACGGCUGGUAGUAAACGCUACAAUUUUAGGCGUUUUCAGAUUUUGGCCAUUAGAACAAGAAGUCAAUUGAAAAGGUUAGUUAACUCGAAGCUGUUUUAGGAGUGGCUGAUCUUAUAGAUAUGGAGAAGGGAUCGUGGAAUGAUGAGAUGUUGUCCACAUGUUUUUCAACCAACAAGGUGAGUGCCAUUAGGAAUAUCCCGCUGAGUUCAAGACUCCUCCCAGAUUCCCUCUAUUGGUGGCCUGCUAAAGAUGGAGUUUUCACAGUAAGGACAGCGUAUUGGCUAGGUGUAUUGGGACCAAUGGGACUGAAGCGAGAUAAUGACAAAACGAUCUGGCAACGGGUUUGGGAACUAAAAGCUCUUCCUAAGAUGAAACAUUUUCUAUGGCGGGCUAUCUCAGGGAGCUUGGCAACCAGAGAAAGACUAUAACAAUGACACAUAGUUGAGAAAAAUAUGGCAAGAGGAAGCCUGGGCAAAGAUGUUCCAAGAGGCGCCUUUAGUUUCAUUUUCUGGUCUUUUAAACUGGGUGAUCGAGAACAUGAGAUAGGAGCUAUAUGACUUCUUGACCAAUUGUUGGGUGAUUUGGACUUGUAGCAAUAAAGUGGUCUCUGAGCAAAGCGAGCCAAAAGUAGAACUAAUUAAUGCAGGUUUUCGGCGAUAUGUUGAGGACUACCAGAAUUAUGCUAAAAAGGUCUUCACGGCUCCAAGCUACUCCUCCAGAAUAAAGUAUGAAAAAUGGAGGAAACCUCCUACAGGAUUCAUGAAAGUGAAUUGUGAUGCAGCAACUUUUAAGAACGGUGGAGUCGGUUUGGGGGCUGUUAUACGAGAUGAGCAUGGGAGAGUGCUGGCAGCAGGAGUUAAGAAGAUGGAAGUAAGAUGGGAGGUUGGUUUGGCAGAGUAUGCAGCGGGGAUGUGAUAAGUCCAUAUUUAGACACACAUUUGAUGCGUGUUCGGGUCGGAUUUUGAUGGUUUUCCUGACUUUAAGGCGUUGCAAGUCUCAAUUUUGGCUCAAGUUGUGUUUAGCAGGCGUUGGAUCGAGUUUCAUUGCAUUUGGAAUUGAUUUGAAGAAGUUGGAGUCCGGCAAUCGGCGCUUGAGAGGCAUUCGGGAAGGAUUUGAAGGCAUUCAAGAAAGAUUUGGAAGAUUUGGAGGCCAC